GGCCGCCCCGCCUGCCGCCGCCGCAGUGACAGCUCCGCCCGGACCCGCUGGAGCCCAACCCAGCCGAGCCGCGUAGCCGGAGCGGGAGCGGGGCGGGUGGGCCGGCAAUGGCUGACGACUUCGGAUUUUUUUCCUCGUCCGAGGGGGCCGGCGCCGAGGAGGACCCGGCCGCCGCUUUCCUGGCCCAGCAGGAGAGUGAGAUCGCGGGCAUCGAGAACGAUGAGGGCUUCGGGCCGACCGAUGGCGAAUCGGCCUCCGCCCCGGCCGGUCAGGCUGCCCCGCCGGAAUCGGCUGGUUUCCAGAAUGGAGGAGCCACUGUCAAUGGAGAUGUCUUUCAGGAGUCCAAUGGUCCCACGGAUGCCUAUGCAGCCAUAGCCAAGGCUGACCGGCUGACCCAGGAACCUGAGAGCAUUCGGAAGUGGAGAGAAGAGCAGAAGAAGCGCCUGGAGGAGUUGGAUGCAGCAUCAAAGGUGACUGAGCAGGAAUGGCGUGAGAAGGCCAAAAAGGACCUGGAGGAGUGGAACCUGCGUCAGAAUGAGCAGGUGGAGAAGAACCGGGCAAACAACAGGAUCGCUGACAAAGCCUUUUACCAGCAGCCGGACGCCGAUGUGAUUGGCUAUGUGGCCUCAGAGGAAGCAUUCCUUAAGGAGUCCAAGGAGGAGACCCCGGGCUCCGAGUGGGAGAAGGUGGCCCAGCUCUGUGAUUUCAACCCCAAGAGCAGCAAGCAGAGCAAGGAUGUCUCUCGGAUGCGCUCGGUGCUCAUCUCCCUCAAACAGACGCCCCUGUCCCGCUAGCUGCCGCCUGGCACAGCCGGGAGCACAGCAGGGCGAGGCUGGGCUCACUGAGCCGGGUGGCUUCGUGGGGCCAGCCCAGAAAGGGCCUCAUCCUGCCUGCCCCUGCUACCUGGUGCACGC